AUGUCCUCUCCCAGCAAAGCCCCCCGGCGCAGCGACAUGAUCCUCGCCAUGAACGACCCCUACAUGCAACAAAUCGUCGACAGCACCAAGACCUACGAGUUCCGCAAGUACAAUAUGACCGGCAUCAAGCGCAUCUGGUUCUACCGCACUGCUCCCCACUCCGCCAUAACUCACAUUUGCCCCGUCAACGAAGCCGUCACGAGAAACUCCGGCGACGCGCCGCUGCCUGAAGAUGGGCUGGGAAACAAGGAGUACAAUGAAAAGGACGCUGAUUACGAGGGCUAUGAUUUUGCGUAUCGCAUUAAUGCGGUUUAUGAGAUUCAGGCGGAGGGUGGGGCGGGGCAUUACUUGGGCGAUGAUGAGGGAUGA